AUGGCGCCCAAGACGACACUCACAUUGAGAUCGGCCGCCGGGCUACUGGCCGUCAGUCUUGUCGCUGCAAGUCUUCUCGCCUUUGCAGCGACGGCAAGGGGCGUAGCGCCAGGAUCGCAGACCAUCUUCACGGCGCCCGCCAAGUUCCCCUCGAAAGCCUACGAUCGAUACUACCAAAAGCCAUCAGCAGACCACAGGAGCGAGGCGAGGCCCGUCUUCACCGACAUCAUCAACAAAGAGCCGUACGCCGCCUCAUUGUAUGACCCGCUUCGAUUGCCUGUCACGCCUCCGGAGUCAGACGCAGUCUACCCUCUGCCAGCCAGUAGAACGGGUCCUUCCAUCAAUGAUACCCUUGCCAACAUCACAGCCAUCAUCUCCGGCUCGGCUGACAGUAACUGCACCAAAUGCAUAGAUGCACUGCGAGUCGGCCAAGCUCUCGUGCGUGCCAACCCUCGAGCUGGCCCGCAAGUAAUGAUCGACCUCUGUAAGCGCUACGCUUUUGCCAGCACCAAAAACGGUCUGACGAGCGACGAGGCCUGCGAGAGAAUGUACGCGCCCUCUACGCUAGGCGCACAGAAUGCGCAGAUCCUCUCCUACGCCAACUUGAGCGCGAGCUCGCAGGAUGGACAGGCCAUCUGCGCCAAUAUCCUCACGUAUUGCCCAACGCCGCCAGCUACAGAGCUGACCGACGCCUACCUCGAUAGGUGGUUCAGCAAAGUGGGCGGCCGCACCCCGCCAGCAGCGCGUAAAAGCGACCGGCCUGGCAAGCCGACGGCACAUCGUCGCCCGCUCAAGAUGCUCCACCUGAGCGAUAUCCACCUCGAUACCCGUUACCUCGUCGGUGGCGAGGGCAAGUGCACGUCAGGGCAAUGCUGCCGGCAAGACAGCUUCAACUCUACGCGCGCUCAGUCACCCGCGCCUACUGGGCAGGUACUGAACAGCUCCUCGCUCGUACAGCCGGCCAGUUACUGGGGCGAGUACCAAUGCGACGCACCCAUUGCCCUCCUCAUUGCGGGUCUGCAAGCCGUCACGCCCCUCAACGGCGGGCGCGACGUCGACUUUGCCGUCUACACGGGCGAUGCCGUGACGCACGAUGCGACGAAUCACAUCUCGCAGGCAUUUGUCACCAUGACGGAGCAGGCCGUCUUUGAUACGAUGCGCAAGUUCCUUGGCAAGGGCCCCGUAUUUGCCUCGCUGGGGAAUCAUGAUUCUUCGCCGUCGGAUGCGGCGUCGGCCAAUUCGCUGCCAAAGGGGCACGACACGCUCAGCUGGAAUUACGAUUAUGUGUCCAAGCUAUGGGAGUCGGAGGGAUGGUUCGAUCAUGAAGACGCAAAGCAGAUUGGCCUACACUAUGGCGGCUUCUCAACUUCACCGCGCAAAGGGCUGCGCAUCAUCUCGCUCAACACCAACCUAUGGUACCGCCGCAAUCCCUGGAACAAUCUGCGCUACGGUCAAGCCGACCCAUCCGGCAUGCUGCGCUGGCUCACCGACGAGCUCUACGCUGCAGAGAAGCGCGGAGAGGCAGUCUACGUGCAGGGCCACGUCUAUUCGGGAUGGUCAGGCAGUGAUCCUGGAGAUGCUCCCACGAACCUCUUUGGCAUCAUUGUGGAGCGCUUUCAGCACACGAUCCGCGAGAUGUUCUGGGGUCACUCGCACGAAGACUUCUUCAACCUCUUCUACCGCAAUAAUGGCACUUCCAACUCUUCGUCCGACGCAUUCGCUCACGCCUAUAUCGGACCUAGCAUUACGCCCUUGACGCGGGUCAAUCCCUCGUUCGGCAUUUACGAUAUCGACCCGGAGACGUAUCGCAUCCUCGACCAUACAGUCUAUUACUCGCAGCUGGACUCCUUCGACUCUUUGGCCAACCAGGGACAUGGCCCCGUCUUCCAGCGUCUAUACUCGGCGAGGGAGGCGUAUUCCAAUCACUCAGCGUCGCAUGGAUCAAUUUGGCCGAAGGAGGCUCCGUUGAACACCACCUUCUGGGCGAGGACGACCGACGAGAUGCUCGCCCGCCCUGAGCUGGUGCAACAAUUCACCGUCUAUCAGGGGCGCAACUCGAGCUUAUCGCCUCCUUGCGUCACGAGGGAGUGCGUAGAGGCCAAGGUGUGCUACCUCCGCUCUGGUACGGCAUUACAAGGACAGCGCUGCCCGCGUGGAUAUAGCUCUGUGCAAGGGAGCGGGUGA